UGCGACUACUUGCUUUAAGUAGUAUUUCACAUAGACUUAACCACAAUAAAUGUGCGUCGCUUUGUCAGACAGCUCGAAGUGUAAGGUACGAUCGUAAGCCUACUACUGCUACUUUUUACAAUUAAUGUAGAGGUGUGUGAUAGAAAUGGUGAUAGGUAGAAAGAACCAAAGCAGAUUUACACGCUAUAAACUAAAUUCUCACAUCAUAUAGUCGGUGUGACUAAGCAUCUCAAUUUAUGCACGGUGGGGAAAGUCCUGUUAAAGAUGGAAAAGUUCAAGGCAACUCACUUUACAUCGGGUACCUCCGCUAGUCACUUUCAUAAAUGUUCUUCGGAGUGAAAUUUGAUUAUAAGUAUCAACAACUAAAGGGCAAACGUUUACUGCGUUUUAAUGGUUCUGAAUAUGUAACUGAAAAAACAAUGUCUCAUGUCGAAUGAAUUUCCUAAACCUUCAUGCAACUCAACUCAAGCUACUUACAGCCAGUGUACUAUUAUUUACUUUGUGGUUAUUGUUCAAUUAUCUAGGAAAAUUCAAUAGUAUAUCAAUGCGACGAAAUGUCGAUCGAUGAAAAAUCUUUUGAUGAUUUGUCGUUACCUCAUUUUUUUGUCUAUCUUUGCAUGAGUGAGGUUUUUCUGUAAAAUGAAAUCUAAAUUUUUCGAGAGAUGAUAUUCUUGAAGAAGGGUUUUUUCAUCUGUAGCAUACAUUAGAGUCCUGAUUAUGAAUUUUUAAGCAAUUUUCUACUCCGUUUUUUCGAAUUCUCAAAUUCGUCAUAGUUUUAUAUAAUUCAAUAUUGAAAUACUAUUAUUUCAGAAAUCCGAUAAUAAUACUGAAACAGAUCAGCUUGAGUUUAAAAUUGAUUUACCAUGUUCACAAUAUUUGAAAAAAACAUCGAUUGAUUCAACAGCAUUUGCCAGUCUAUUGAGUAAUACCGAAACAUCAUUAUUAACAAGUAAAUACAGUAUGAAAAUAGCUUCUAGUCAUGAUUUAGACUUGUUAACAAAUUAUAUAUGUCAAACAUAUCGAUUUACAGUUGUCGAUAAAAUAGGAAAUGCAGCAUCACUCUAUAGUGAAUCAAUUCUUGGACAUCCAGUGGCAAUUUUGUUAAAAAAACCAAUAAAAGCCAUGAUAAAUUUAACCAGUUCCAGUGGCAAUGAUGGUGCUCAUCAACAAAUGCGAAAAACUGUAGAACAAUUACGUUUUGAGGUUAAUGUACAUCGAGAACGAGCAUCUUCUACAUUAAAUGAUUUAAUUAAAUUUUGUCAAGCACAUGCACCAGCUGAUUAUUUAAUUGUCGGUUUUCAACAUAAAGAACAAAAUCCAUGGAAAGAACGACGUAUGUGUUCGGUUAUUUAA